GCCUGGUCACAUCAACCCAGAAACAUAAUCUCAGCAGAAACACGAACAGCAAUUGAGAGCGACACAACGUCGCUGGCGAUUGUAUCGCAUCGCCGAAAUGUCUCUCGAUCAGAGAAUUCACAUUUGGCUCGGCAACAUCCAACAAUCCAUCGAAGAUCCGUCGCCUACUCCCGAACCGUACCCCGAUGUCCCGCCUAAUCCCAUGAAACGCCGUCGAGUCGAUUCACCACCACGCGAGACCCGAAGGACCCUCGAAUUACAGCCCGGCGACCCCGGAUACGACCCCAAGAGGAAGAAAUGCGUCCAGUAUCCUCCUCACAUCGAAAAGGCCUUGCUCAAUAUGGUCAGCACUUCGUGGUGGUCAUCCAAGAAACGAGCAACCUCCAACAACCAUGUGUCCUCGGAGUCGCAACAUCAAUUCAUUGUUGGCUACUCUACAGGGAGGCCGUGGCCUGUCAAAAGAACAACCGAACCACUUCUUCAACCUGCUCCAACAGCAUCCUUCGAGCCAACACGGGAACACCUACUCCAACGAGAAGUAAAGGUCGAACCGGACACCGAACCCAUAUCAUGGCCAGAAGUAAAAGCCGAGCCCGUCACUGAACCGAUCAAGAGAAGAGUCGUGCCAAUUCUCUACCCCGAUUCAACACCGUCUCCCUCUUCGCAGAGCUACGAACACCUACUCCAAUUAGAACAGAAGUUGGAACAGAUCGCGGAACCCAUGUCACGGCCAUCUAGAAUAAAACUCGAGCCUCGAAAAGAACCCCCACCGUCGGCGUUGACGAUCCUCCUCAAGCGCAUCAACGACAUCUACGCUGGUCGCGGUAUCCUCCCCUCAAAUGUCCGACCCGUCAUGCAUGCAACGAGCCAGGUACCUGCAUGGAAAGACAUGGCUUGGGCGCGAGGCGGAUCUCAGAGCGAUGUUCAUUACUGCACCCAGCGCCAUAGAGUAGGCGACGCGCCCAGUCCCGAGAAUGUGGAAAAGGUCAUGUACCAGACUUCCCGCUGCACCAGAGAUGGCGCUCAGCCGAACGAGUGGAACAUGGAGGUUGUUCAGAAGGUUCUUGAGCUGUCGUUCAGGAAUGAACAUACCUGCAGGAGGCCACAACUUGUUGACUUCAGAUGCAGCACCGAUGGUGUCGUUAUUCCACAGUACCAUACGAAUCCCGACACCCCGCAGCCCCCGGAUUUCUGCGUUAACAUAGACACAACAUGCAACAAGAUGCCGACUGCAAUCCUCGGCCUCGAAAAGCACCUCUACAGAAACAUCUUCAACCACAUCGACCUGGGAUGUAUCCGAUGGCAGCGACCGAUAGCGUUCCACGUCCAUACUCUCCCGGAGAACACAGAGCGCGAGCUCCAGCGCGUGCGAACGGCCUUUGCCGCACAUUGGGGUUUUCUCAAACGCCUAGUGAGACUGAGAGAGAGGGUUGAUAUCAAAUGGCCGAAUUACACUUGGAUAGACGAUUCGAAAUAUGACCUUCCCGAGUUCCUCCCGGGUAUCAUCAUCUACAAACAUAACUGGUUCCUCGGCGUUUCCAAACCCGAUGGAGAAAAUACAAGGUUCUAUGGGAUUGGCGAUACGGCGAGUUCGAUUGGUGUUUACAAGAUCGUUUAUGCGCUGCAGAUAUUGCGGAAUUGGGCUGAGACGGUUUAUUGGCCUUGGAUGCAGAAGCUUGUGUUGAGGUGGCCUUUGGAUGAGCAUGGAACACAGAGGUGAUGGUUUUUGUUUAGUGAUACCCCUAGAUUGUCAAGAUACCCUUUUUUGCGUUGAUCGUACUGUAAUUUCUUGUCUGAUAAUUAUUGAAGGUCUCAGUGCAGGGUUUAUUUAGUUGAGUACACAAUCUCAGAUACUUCUUCCCUGGUUAAGACCUUGCCAAACGAGAACAUGACAUCUGUCAUGGUCUUGUCGAUGAUCUGCUCAAUCUGCUCAUCACUC